AUGGUCCCGAGAACGCGACGGCAGUCCAAGCGGCCACCCAGCCCUCCGCCUUUCUGCCCUCCGCCUUUCUGCCCUCCGCCUUUCUGCCCUCCGCCUUCCCGCCUUAGGGCGUUUGCCAGCCGAAUCGCGUGGGCCGUUGUCGCGCUCCUGGUGGUGGUGCUAGGAACCUCCAUCGCCCGUUGGUUAGUUCGUGGAGCGAAGACAGUCGAGCCCGCAAUCCCACACCGGCCACCUGCCGCCACGUCAGACGACAUGCAGGCCGUGUGCAACGCCCAUGGCCGCCUGCGGAUGCUGGCCAAGUACCCUCAAGAUCACAUCACCGCAUUCGAGCUGCUCGACUUGGACCCGGGCAAGCGGCCGUUCUUACCCCCGGAGAAAUCUCGUUGGCCGGCGAAUGGUUGGUACCAAGAGGUGAAACAGAUGGUUGACAAACGCCAUACCGAGCUGCUGGAACAGGCGAGCCACCAGGGCGAUUAUGGCGAGGGCCUGAACAAGAAUUACGCGGCCGCGGUGACCAUAUCUGCCAACCCUGCUGCUGGUGGACGGUCCCCGGCGCGCGCCAUCCAGGGCAAGGAUCGGGCAUGCGUUUGGCCGCACGUGCAGGAGUUCUACCGCGAACUCUGCCGGGACACUUGGCCCUCGACUGGGAUGGCGGCCCUCGGCAAGGAUGACACCCUAUUCAACAAGGCCUGCCUUUGA